AUGUGCCAACACGAAAUCGCAAGCAAUGGCUGGACCAGCGUGCCAGUGGAUGCAGGUGUUAUAUUUGGCGAUAAACCCUUCAUCAACGAACCCGAAAACCUCUCCAUCAGUGAAAUCAAAUUCCCCUCUGAUGAUCCCGUUGUGGCAAAAACUUUCGAUUAUGCGAAAAAGGUUUUGCAUCCGGCAGCUUUCAACCACUCAAUGAGAGUUUAUUAUUAUGGGAUGGUCAUUGCCAAGCAACAGUUCCCUGAGAAGGCUGCCCCUCUCAGCCCAGUGACCUGGGCAGUGACAUGCCUCUUGCACGACCUCGGCACAGCGGAGGAAAACCUGACAGCAACACGGAUGUCAUUUGAUCUAUAUGGGGGUAUCAAAGCCCUUCAAUUUUUGAAGGACUUUGGGGCCACUAUCGAUCAGGCCGAGGCCGCCGCUGAGACAAUCAUUCGGCAUCAAGAUCUGGGUGUGGAUGGUAAUAUCACGUUCCUCGGCCAGUUGAUCCAACUGGCCACGAUCUACGACAAUGUCGGCGCCCACCCACAUGUCCAGAACAUUGGAAAAAUGAUUCAUGACAACACUCGUGCCCAGAUCAACGAGGCCUUUCCACGACAAAAAUGGUGCCCGGUCUUUGCGGAUACCGUCCGGAAAGAAAUCUCAAUCAAGCCUUGGUGUCAUUCGACCCACAUUGUCGAUUUCGAUAAGCUCAUCGAGGCCAACACGCUGAUGAAGCAAUGGGAAUAA